AUGGUCAAGAAGAGAAAGAACAACGGUCGCAACAAGAAGGGCCGCGGCCACGUCAAGCCCAUCCGCUGCAGCAACUGCUCUCGCUGCACGCCCAAGGAUAAGGCAAUCAAGCGUUUCACCAUCCGUAACAUGGUUGAGUCUGCUGCUAUCCGUGACAUCUCGGACGCCUCGGUCUUUGCCGAGUACACCGUACCCAAGAUGUACCUGAAGCUGCAGUACUGUGUCUCUUGCGCCAUCCACGGCAAGAUUGUCCGUGUUCGCUCGACCACUGGCCGCCGCAACCGUGCCCCUCCUCCUCGCGUCCGCUACAACAAGGACGGCAAGAAGAUUAUCCCCAACACCCCCAAGGCUUAA